AUGGUGAAUGAACAUUCGAAUGUGCUCAAACAACAGCAAAGAGCCAUCACAACUAUGUCGGCGAUGUUAAUGUCCUUUACAAAAGAAUUAGCAUCAAUCAAUCAAGCAAUGACAAUGCAUUUCAUUCACGAGUCCAUGGAAGACAUCUUCGCCAACAAACUCAACUUACGAUUCAUACAUCCUCAUGAUCUACCACAAGUGCUACAAAUCAUCACAAAACAGACUAACAUAAAUAUAGAAGAAAUAGAUGAUGCAUUCCCAAUAAUUGAACUUAUCAAUCAACUACUAAUACAACAGCGAAUUGAAUUCAUUCAAAUAAAAAAAAAUGAUGAACAAAUAGACGGAGGUGUGAUUGGUAAUCUAUUAUUUACAUCAUUCUUUGCAGCAUCAAACAAAAAUCAACAGCCAUUCUCAACAUAUAAGCUAACUUCAAUACCAUUCAAUCAAGCAAAUCAAAGAUGGAAAUUAGCACAAAUACCCCACAUCAUUAGUAUCUCUAGCAAAACACUUGAACUAAUCCAAUGGACGAAAAAAGAAAGCAUAACAUGUAAAUUCAAAUCAUUAUCAUCGUGUCGGGAAACACCACCAAUUCAAAAGAACUGGCAACAAACGUGCUUAUUUGAAAUAUUAACAGACUCAAAUCUAACAUUCUGCCGUAUUGAAUUAGAAUUAGAACCCAUCUUUAUACAAAGAAUCGGUCAACAAUGGGCGAUAUCGACAAGAAACGAAACCAAGUGUCAUCGUGUGGCGCAGCUGGAAGAAGAACAGCAUGCAAUAACAACAAACAACGAAAUAACCAUUCCACCGAUUGCACUAUUAACUAUAGAUAGAUCAACAACAUGGAGUUGUGAUCAUUUCUUACUACCUGGUAUAUCAAACGACACGAAUGAACUUAUUCAUAUUAUUGACAACAAAAAAUUGAAUUAUGAUGAUUCAAAAUUGAUUAAUUUAUAUCAAACGAUGAAUAACAAUACUCAAUGGAAGAAAAUACCAUACAUUCCAGAAAAUAUAAAAAACAUGAUCGAAUAUGUAAUAGCGACAACACCAAUACCCACACCAACAGCAACUGCAUGGUAUCAACAUGGAUUAGCAGUAACAGUGGGAUUACUUGGGAUAAUCGCAACUACUUCAAUCACCCUGUACUUCAAAUUAAUAGGUAAAGUGAAAAAAACAUCAACAGCUGAUAUAAUUACGAUGCCAUCAAUGUGA